AUGAUAAAGAAGCAAUUCUUUGAAAUUGUUUUGGUACUUCUGGCCUCUUCUGCUAUUUUCUCACUAGAACUGAAACUAGUUCUCUUCCAACAAAGAAGAGUGAACAGAGAGAGUUUAAAACUCUUGAAUAAAUUGCAAACCUCAUCAAUUCAGCAGUGUUUACCACACAGGAAAAACUUCCUGCUUCCACAGAAAUCUGUGAAUCCCCACCAGUAUCAGAAAGGACAUGCACUGGCUGUUCUUCAUGAGAUGCUUCAGCAGAUCUUCAACCUCUUCAGGGCAAAUAUUCCUCUGGAUGGUUGGGAGGAAAGCCACAAGGAGAAAUUCCUCAUUGAACUUCAUCAACAGCUGGAAUACCUAGAAGCACUCAUUGGACUGGAAGCAGAGCAGAAAAGUGGCACAUUGGGUAGUGAGAACCUUAGGUUACAGGUUAAAAUGUACUUCCGAAGGAUCCUGGAUUACCUGGAAUACCAGGAAUACAGCAGCUGUGCCUGGACCAUUGUUCAAGUAGAAAUCAACCGGUGUCUGCUCUUUGUGUUCCGACUCACAGGAAAGCUGAGCACACAAGGAAUGGACUCUUGA